ACGAGACGAGACGACAGUAGCUAGCCUAGCUAGAAGAGCUCGCUGCCGGAGGGAGAGGAGAUGGUGGCGCACGUGCUGGCGUUCCCGUGGCCGCUGCAAGGCCACAUAAACCCGAUGCUCCACCUCGCCUCCGCUCUCCUCGACGCCGGCCUCCGCGUCACGUUCCUCCACACCGAGCACAACCUCCGCCGCUUCAUCCGAGUGCCGCCUCAUCAUCCACGCCUCCGCCUGCUGUCCGUCCCCGACGGCCUCCCCGACGACCAUCCCCGCUCCGUGGACGGCCUCAUGGAGCUCGUGGAGUCCAUGCGCACUGUGGCCAGCGCAGCGUACCGCGCCCUGCUGCUGCGGACGAUGGAGUCGGAGCCGGACGACGCGGUGACGUGCGUCGUCGCCGACGGCGUAAUGCCGUUCGCCAUCAGCGUCGCGGAGGGGAUCGGCGUCCCGGCGCUGGCGUUCCGCACGGAGAGCGCGUGCGGCUUCCUCGCGUAUCUGUCCGUGCCCAGGCUCCUCGAGCUCGGCGAGCUGCCCGUCCCUUCCGACGAGCAGGUGCACGGUGUCGCCGGGAUGGAGGACUUCCUACGCCGCCGAGACCUUCCGCGUGUGGUGCCGGUGCCACUGCAACGAGGAAACGGCGAAGAAGAAGAGGUCGACUCAGGCCGAGACCCCGUCCCCGUGCUGCAGACAAUCGCCGACACCGCCGCUCGCUGCGGCGAGUCACGGGCGCUGAUACUCAACACCUCCGCGUCCAUGGAGGGGCUCGCGCUCUCUGGCAUCGCACCGCACAUGCGCGACGUCUUUGCCGUCGGCCCCCUCCACGCCAGGCGGGCCAGAGCCCGACAAGCCGCAGCAGAAACAGAAACAGAGCACGUGAGCGGGGACGACAUGAGCUUGACGGCGUGGCUGGACGGCCACGAGGACCGGUCCGUGGUGUACGUGAACCUAGGGAGCCUCACGAUUAUCUCGAGCGAGCAGCUGGCCGAGUUCCUCCACGGCCUCGUCGCCGCCGGGUACGCCUUCCUGUGCGUGUUCCGGCGGGACAUGCUCCACCAAAUGACUGCCGCUGUGUCCCUCCGGGAAGCGGUGGAGGCGGUGGCGGGAGCCGGCAUCGACAGGGCGUUGGUGGUGGAGUGGGCGCUGCAGCGGGACGCGCACCACGUGCUGCGGCACCGCGCGGUGGGGUGCUUCCUGACGCACGGCGGGUGGAACUCGACGCUGGAGGCCGCCGUGGAGGGCGUGCCGGCGGUCUGCUGGCCCUUCUUCGCCGACCAGCAGACCAACAGCCGCUUCGUGGGGGCCGUGUGGAAGACGGGGCUGGACAUGAAGGACGUGUGUGACAGGGCCGUGGUGGAGAAGAUGGUGAGGGAGGCCAUGGAGUCCCCUGAGAUCAGGGCGUCGGCCCAGUCCAUGGCACGGCAGCUCAGGCUGGACGUCGCCGAGGGGGGCUCGUCGUCGUCCGAGUUGGAGCGGCUCGUUGGCCUCAUCACCGAGCUCAGCGCCGUGAAACCUGCUCCCGCUCUCACUUGAUUUAUAUGUGCCGAUUUGCCGUUUGUUGUAAUAAGAGGUGUGUUGCUAUAAUUUGAAACUGCGUGGAUUAUUUGGUACUGUUGUAAUCUGUUCGCAGACGUGAGACCAUCAUCUUUAUUGUGUUGAAAUAAUCGAGAAAUUAAUAAAGGAAAACUCUUCAAAU